GCCCCGCCCCGCGGCGGCGGCCGGGCGGCGAGAGCGUGUGGCGGCGACGGCGCCGCGCUCGGCCUGAUUUACGGCUCUGCUGAAAACGGCUCCCCCGCCGCCACACCGCCAGCGGCACCGCCACCGGCAACAAGUCGGGUGAGUGCGGCGGCGCGGGGGCGGCGACCUUGCGGCCGGCUGAGGCCCGCGUCGAGCCGGGGCCCGGCUCCGCUCCGCUCCGGCAAGGCCCGGGCGGCGGCCGAGGCGAGCGGAGCCGCGUCGCUGUCGCGUCACCGGGGCCCUGCGGCUGGCCGCGCCGGGCGGGUGCCUCCCCGGGCGCCAGGCGGAGAUGGCGCGAUACCACUGAAGAAUCACCGGGAAAGUUUCCCAAGUUUCCCGGCGCGCCUGCCCGGCUGCCCCGGCCCCGGGCGGGCGCGGACGCGGGCUGUUUUCUCCCAGCCAGGGCCCGGCGAGGAAUGCAACAGACGGCCCGGGAUGAAGGCAGGCACCCCUGGCAGGAGCCGCUCGAGAGCGUCAGCGUCUGCCUCCCCUUCCGCUGCCCGCGAUGCGGCGACCACACGAGGUUCAGGAGCCUCUCGUCUCUGCGGGUGCACCUGGAGUACAGCCACAGCUACGAGGAGAGAAGCCUCCUGCCCAAGAGCAGCCCGUUUUCACCGCUGAAAGGCGCGGAGCUGAUCUCCCCACCGGAUCCCGCCGCCCCGGGCAGCCUGGGGAGCCCCGGCGGCGCCGUGCAGCCGAAAGGGUCCUGCCUGAAUUUUUGCGAUGCCUCCUGCGAGAGCGCGAAGCGCGGGCAGCCUCUGGAGGUGGAAGCUGAGCGGCCCGUCUCCUACGUUGCAAACUAUGUGCCGGCUGACUCCCCGAGCGAGCAGAUUUCUAAACCCGGCCUCCCGGCCACUGACUCCAGAGCCUCCUUCGAGGCACACGUCAGAGAAAAGUUUAAUAGGAUGGUAGAGGCCGUGGACAAAACGAUCGAGAAGCGAAUCGACAAGCUUACCAAAGAGCUGGCCCAGAAGACGGCAGAGCUGCUGGAGGUGCGGGCAGCCUUUGUGCAGCUGUCCCAGAAGAAGCAGGAGGUGCAGCGGCGGGAGCGGGCCCUGAGCAGGCAGGUGGACGUGGCAGUGGAGAUGAUUGCGGCCUUGAAGCAGCGCCUCAGCGAGUCCGAGGAGGAGCUUCACCGCAAAGAGGAAGAAGUUGUUACUUUCAACCACUUCCUGGAAGAAGCAGCAGAAAAAGAAGUGCGGGGAAAAGCCAGGCUCCAGCACUUCAUUGAGAACUUGUUGCAGCGUGUGGAUCUGGCAGAAAGGCAGCUAGAAUAUUACCAAAAUCAGCAGAUGGUGUGCAACCACACUGACGUCAGUGAGCAUGUGUUUACAGACAUUUCAUUAAAUAAGAAACCCAGAUGCCUGAGCCGAGGAAGUCAACACACUUCGUAUAAUAUCCCUGAUGCAAAGCCUCAUUCCUUUCAAAAAGGAAGAAUCUUGUUGAAAAAAGCAAAGGAUGAAAAAAACAGCUUGCAGCCAGUGAAAUGCUUCUAUGAACCUGUUGAUUGCUCAAGGGAAAUAUGGAGAGCACAAAAGAAAGCUGAACCAGUCUGCUCUGCCAGGAAAGUAAGCGCAAAAUCAAAGAUGGGUAAAAAGGCCAAACCGCUAUAGGAAUGGUUAGCAAUAUAUAGUAAUGCUGGAGCUUGGCUUCAACAGAACAAAUACUGAAUGAAGUUAGUCAUCCUACUUUUUCCUAUACAUCUGGCCAUGCCAAAACAUAUCAGAUAUAAUAUAUAGAAAUAUAUACAGUAUGGAAGAUUUAUAUUAUUUAGUAACGCCAUUCCCUCUUUGGGCACUAUAAGAGAAGUGACAUUUUAUUCAGUUUACAUGGAGGUUUUUCUAUUUAUUCAUUCAUUUAUUUAUUUAUAGAGCUUAUUUUAAAUGACUGCAGUUAUCUUGCUGGGCAGUACUGUGGCUGUAUCCUUAAUUAUUUUAGUGGCAGCAUGUGGCUUGGUAAUUUAUUUUCCAUCCGUGCUCUUGCUGAAGUUCCGAAGAAUCCAUUUAAUUGGCACCUAAAUAUUCAAUCUUUCGGCUUAGGUACAUAUAAGAUCAAUGGUUAACUGUUGCCUGCACAGACAUACUUAGAUGCAGAAGAUUGGUACCCUGGAUUUUUGGCCAUAAGGCCAGUCGGGCACAUUUCCAUAUUUUAUUACAUACAUUAAACUGCUCAAUCCUGCCAGCAGCCAUGUUGUCUGUUGGCACAAGUUUGGGCUGCUCUGGUGUCUCAAGCACAGUUUUCAAAUUCCAGAAUCUUUAUGGCUUUGCCAUAGGUACCAGCCUCUGGUAUCACUCAGCAAGGAGACCAGAAGCUGGUACCGCAGCCUUGACAAGCAUAGACCGCAUUGAGCCAGAGGAGAAAUUUCAGUACCAAGUGCCAGCAAAAGGUUAUCAGCUGUGGUACAGCAGUGAAAGGCUAAAGCAACCUGUUACAUUGCAUGGCACCACAUUCAAUGCCUGUGCUUGGUUUCAAGCACGAGAGGCCUAAAAUGGCAAUGAUCAUAACCAAAACCCUUCAUGUUUUUAUCUCUAAAGAAUCUUGACAGGACUGAGAGAUCCCUGAAUUUCAACUAAAAACCCAAGAGCAAGGAAGUUAGAGAUGACUGCAGGACAGGAAUGCACAUGUUUACAUUGGUUUGUGCCAAUUAAAAGGAUCCUUAUUUAUCAGAGUAUUUAUCAAGAUGAUUUUUUGUGUGUACAGUUUUUUGGUAACAUGAAUCCUCAUGCCAUGUUUACAGAUAAGAACAUCCUGUUGACGUUACUGAUGAAAUUUGUUUUCUCAUGAAAAAGAAAGGAUAGGUGAGACAAGUCUGUGUAAUUUAUUUUUUAAAUACUCAUAACAGAUGUAAAUUGUUUAUGUGGAAGGUGAUUUUUACAGUAUGUGUACAAAGAUCUGUGAAAAAUGUUUUUCAUUUUUUAUGACUGUAAGCAGAACUGAGUAUUAAAAGACAGUGUAUCACUAUGAUUACUGCUGCAAUAAGCACCUGAGUUGCAAUAUUUUUAAAGCAGAAGAUGACCAGUCAGUCAGCUAGGAUCAGGUAACUACAGAUGUCAUACAUUUGUCAGUGCACAGAGCUCCCAGAAAGUAGCAGAGUGAAGAAAGAGAGUAUUAUUCCUCACUUAUUUUAAAUAUUGUAUAUGGAACAAUCAGAUAUACGUUUAAAAUUUCUCAACACUGUUUCAGUAGAAAGUCACAGUGUAAAACCAGUUCAGGUAUUCAGGUUGUAAUGACAUUUUAGUAUUUAUUUAACUAUGUCACAAGGCCACGCUUGGCCUUAUGGUAGGCAUUGUGUGUGUUGAAGAGUUGUUGUUAAUUGUGUUGCAUGGGUUUGGGUCAGAUUGUGUGUUACAACAACUUUCUUAGGCAAGCCACAAAAUAGAAACAUUCUUGAGUUUUUUCUAUUGCUUUCCACAUUCUUUUACAAACCUGAAAAAAAUGACCCUUUUUGAAGAUAAUAAAGUAAAAUAUAUUCAUCCAUUCCUUUAUCCACUUGACACUGAAAGAAUAUUUUUAUUUUUAAAAGCCUAUCUACUCUGUUAGUCACCAAAGUUAAGUGUAACUACUAGUUCAUAAAUGAGAUGUUUAUUUUAUUAUUUAUCACGCCAAAAUCUUGACUGUCAGUUGUCCUUUUGGGGGAGGAAGAAGAGAAAAAGAGAGUAAAAGUUGCAUGUUCUUAAACUUUUCAAAGCCUAAGUUACAGUUACUUGCUGAGAAAAUGCCAGGUUAGUUAAUUAGAAAGAAAUUGGAUUGUACUGUAACCCCAGAUAAAAGUUUUUAGAAUAUAAACAUUCUAAUAAUAAAGAUAUAUUUCUCA